AUGUCGCACAAGACAAACGUUUGGAUCUUGAAGUUGGCGGCAAAUGCAGAGCAUCUCUUCAACAACUACAACAUCGACCUGUUCAUCGAGUACGUGGAAUUCGUUGCGCUUGGUCGUCCGGGAACUUCUCCGGCAGACCUCUCGCCCAAAUGCCUACAACCACUUCCUCUGGCGGCCCUCAUCGGCAAGAAGUACUUUGUGCUUCACGACACCAACGCGAUGGCAUCGCAACGCAUACUUCAUCUCCUCCGACGGCUCGUGCCAAUGGCAACCACAUCAAGACCUGCUCUGAUGUUCGGCGAGAUCGGCCACCAUCUCAGCGUCCGCCGCCUUCGCUAUCCUGUGACGCCCUGGAACACUUCAUGCCCGGAUGGCGGUCUCCAUGUGUCGCUCUUUCGCCUCCCCAUCGUACUCGUCAACAAGCGAUCGCCUCUUUCGCAGAGGAACCCAACCAGUAGUACGAGCAUAUCGUCGACAGUCGAAGCCCAUACAUCGCAGUAUCCUGUGACGCCCUGGAAUACUUCAUGCCCGGAUGGCGGUCUCCAUCUGAGACUGCUACCUCGCUACUGCUGUAUGCUCGUAGCCCGUGCCCAGAGUGCCACGACUUCUCCUCUCCAUCGCCGCUGCCUCCAGCUCCUGCGCACGGAGUUUACCAUCUUGAAUCAGCUGAGAGACUUGCAGCACCCAUCGCCUCUUUCGGGGAUGAACACCACUCCGGAUCUGCUACUCGUCAACAAGCGCACGCCUCUUUCGGAGAGGAAUACAACUCCGGAUCAGGGCGGCGGCGGUGACGAGGAUACCGCCAAGCGCAAGCUCUCCAACCCGAACAUGAUCGCCGUCGUUACGGGACGUAAACUUUCGAAACCUCGCCAGAAGCCCGUCUCGGAGCGGCCCGUCCUCAGGAUGCGCGGCGACAGGAAGGCCAGGUACCGAAGCCAAUCCACUGGACACUACCAGACGGAUUCGCUAGCUUCUGCGCUAUCUACCUCGCCAUUUCGUGCUACUCGUCAACAAGCGCAAAGAGAAGUGGGCUUCGAGGAGGAUCUGUACGCUGCUAUGGCGCUGUCUGGCACCAAGGCUCAGGUCCUUGAGAUGCACAAGGACCCUCUGGAGGCAAAGGAGGAGUCUCCGCCCUUCAACAAGCCGCGCGAGGCUACACCCGACCUCGCCACCUUCACAAACAUCCAGAAGCGCGAACGUCGCAUGACACAAUGGGACAUCAAGCCCGCAGGCUACGAGAACAUCACCGCCGGAGGCCGUCGCAUCGCAACGCAUACUUCAGUCCCACUGCUCUGCCCUGGACAAAGCAUGGACCCUGGACUCCGAUGGAACCAGUUCAUUGACCCCAACAACACCAUCGUCUUCAUUGGCGGUCUCUCCGGCUACGUCGCCGAGGACGAGCUCCGUUGCUUCUUCCGGGGCUUUGGCGAGAUUACAUACGUCAAGAUACGCCCAGACAAGGAUGAGUCGGUGGAGUGGAUGAUGAGAAGAGUCGAAGGAAACCCUCCUUGA